AUGAGCUACGGAAAGAAAGCAGCAGAAAGAUUGGCAGACAAGACUAUUCUUAUCACAGGAUGCUCCCUGGGUAUUGGUGAAGCCGCGUGUUUUGAAUUGGCUGAAGUAACUCCAAAGAUCAAGUUGAUUAUAACCGCUAGAAGGGUUGAAAAGUUAAACGAGUUGAAACAAAAAUUGGAGAGCGAAUACCCAGGCAUCAAGGUCUUGGCAAAGGAAUUGGAUGUUUCCAAAUUGGAAAGCAUUGAUCCAUUUAUUUCUACCUUGCCUCAAGAGUUUGCUGAUAUUGACAUUUUGGUCAACAAUGCUGGUUUGGCUUUGGGUAAAGAGUCCGUUGGCGAAAUUGCAUUGACUGAUGUGGUCACCAUGUUCCAAACCAACGUGUUGGGUCUCAUCACAUUGACACAAGCUGUUUUGCCAAUCAUGAAGAAGAAAGAUUCCGGUAGCAUUGUCUCGAUUGGUAGUAUUGCUGGUUUGGUUGCUUACGAAGGUGGAUCCAUCUACAACGCUUGUAAGGCAAGUGUUCGUUUCUUUAUGGAUGCUCUUCGUAAGGAGUUGAUCUCAACCAAAAUUAGAAGCAUCUUGAUCAGCCCUGGAGCCGUCAAAACUGAAUUCUCAAACGUCCGUUUUAGAGGUGACGAUUCAAAAGCUGAUAGCGUGUACAAGGGAACAGAGCCACUUACAGCCGUCGAUAUCGCUGAGGUGAUUGCGUUCACCUUGACCAGAAGAGAAAACUUGGUUGUUGCUGAAACAUUGGUCUUUCCAAAUGGUCAAGCAUCGCCAUUCCACAUUUAUAGAAAUGAGUAA